GGCUGGAGAGUGGAGGGAGCGAGCAGCGAGGAGCGAAGAGGAGGAGGCCUCCCCGUGCUCGGGGCGCCCCCCGCUGCGCGGCGCCCUUGCCUCGGGGCGAGGUCGGGGCUUCUCUGGGUGGCUCCAGGCAUCUGCGGGUGAAAAGGCCACGCAAAAGAAGAAGAACCUGCACGAGUAUCAACUUUCAGAGGUCCGCGUGGCUGGCGUCUGA